AUGGCCACUGUCGCUCCGAAUGAGAUGACCUUCGGUCAGGAGUCGAAGACUGGUGAACACCUUAGCAACGCGACCACGCAGAUGAGGAUCAUUUCAAUCUCAGAAAACGGAGCAAAGAAUCCCGACCAGCAGUACGAGGCCAAGAAGAAAGUUCUAGUGGACUAUUUGAAAGAGGCAUCUCCCGAGUUUGCAAAGCUCGACGCGCUGCGCAAAAAGGCAAGUGAUCGUUUCUGUUCUCUCUAAAAAAGAAGAAGAAGAAGAAGAGGAAGAAAAAGGUCACACAGUGUACUGACCGUCGAUAGG